AUGGUUCGAACAAAGACGGAAGCUCGAAAGUCAACAGGUGGUAAACUCCGAAAGGACAUGAGUUGGACAAACAUAGGUCCAAUCGUGUACCACAACAACUUCUUCAACGAUCAUACAGGAAAACAAGUCUUAAUGUCAUGUGAUUGUUGCAAAGCAGAUGGACCAAUACCCCCUCUAGCGUCUUGGGUCUACUACACGGUGCACCCAGAUGUACUGCAAGAAUUUGACGGCUGUGCACUUCACGGUAGUUUGGCGAGCAGAAGUAUUGAGCGAGGCGGACCCUUUCGCUACGAGUUCUUCUUCCUGCCCGAAGCCACAGCUGAGGAAUGCCACGCACACUAUUCUGGGGAGAUGAAAGCUAGAGGUACAAUAUGGCGCCAGAUUCGCAAAGUUAACAGAGCGGUCAAGUUGAAGAAGCAGGAGAGUGGCAAAGAGGAAGAACAAAACAGCGAAACAGAAUCGUAUAAUCGAUGCGAAAAGGCUGAAAGUCGCCCCAUCUCUCUGGUCACAUUUGAUCCUAUCCCUCUCGAAGUUGAAGAAGGCGGAGUUCUCAAGCAUGAUUCAAUGCAACAUCCCGUAUAUUCUCAACUUAUCCCAAUCAGGCAUGAACAUGAUUAUGAAACCCUAGGUAGUUGGAUGUUCGACAGAAUGAAGGCAAACUGGGAGGAAGAGGCUAAUGGAGCUACGCACAGUGCUCGAAAGAUGGGUUAG